UUCCCUGGUUUCUAGGAUGCUGUUCAAGAAGUUCAAACUUUUAGUCGAAGUCACAGUGCAAAAAAGUUGCAUUUUCUUUGCUGUAUAAACUGGGGAAUCUAAAAUAAUUGUAAACACUGAUCUUAACUUUGCAUGCCUGUAUUUUUUCGGGUAUUAGUAAGUGUUUUUGAAUGCACCUGCGUGCAUCACUAUGAAGCUGAGAAAUGUAAAGAAGCCAGCCUUCCCCUGGUUCGGGAUGGACAUCGGCGGUACUCUGGUGAAGCUGGUCUACUUCGAGCCUAAAGACAUCACGGCGGAGGAGGAACAGGAAGAAGUGGAAAACCUGAAGAGCAUCCGCCGCUACUUGACCUCCAACACGGCGUACGGGAAGACGGGUGUCCGAGAUGUCCACCUGGAACUGAAGAACCUGACCAUGUGUGGCCGGACGGGCAACCUGCACUUCAUCCGUUUCCCCACGCAGGCCAUGCACCGCUUCAUCCAGAUGGGAAGCGACAAGAACUUCUCCAGCCUUCACACCACGCUCUGCGCCACUGGCGGAGGGGCCUACAAGUUUGAGAAUGACUUCAGAACGAUGGCUGAUUUAGAGCUGUUGAAGCUGGAUGAGCUUGACUGUCUGAUUCAUGGCCUGCUCUAUGUGGACUCCGUGAGCUUCAACGGCCACCCUCAGUGUUACUACUUGGAGAACCCGUCAGACACCCAGAACAGUGUGAAGACCCCGUGCAGUCUGGCCGACCCGUUCCCUAUGCUGCUGGUCAACAUUGGAUCUGGGGUUAGCAUCCUGGCUGUGUACUCCAAAGAUGACUACAAACGGGUCACCGGUACCAGUCUUGGUGGGGGUACGUUCCUGGGCCUGUGCUGCUUGCUGACGGGGUGUGAGACGUUUGAAGAGGCGCUGGAUAUGGCUAGCAGAGGGGACAGCAGCAAUGUGGACAAGCUGGUGAAGGAUAUCUACGGAGGAGACUAUGAGCGUUUCAGCCUCCAAGGAUCUGCUGUGGCCUCCAGAAAUGCAGGGGUAUUUUCUAAUGGAGCACUGGCACCGAAGAGCUCCGAUGAGAAAAGCUUUGGCCACAUGAUGAGCAAAGAGAAACGAGACUCCAUCAGCAAAGAGGACCUGGCCCGGGCUAUGCUGGUUACCAUCACCAAUAACAUAGGCUCCAUCGCACGCAUGUGUGCCGUCAACGAGAAAAUCGAGAGAGUUGUGUUUGUUGGGAAUUUCUUACGUAUCAACACCGUGUCUACUAAGCUGCUGGCCUACGCCAUGGACUUCUGGUCCAACGGACAACUGAAGGCCUUGUUCUUAGAACACGAGGGCUAUUUUGGAGCGGUUGGGGCAUUACUGGAGCUGUUAAAGUCGUCUGAGGAGCCAUGAAGACAUGCCCAUGUUGUCUGUAUAGAAGCUGCUGAAAGGUUUUCACGGAAGCCACCACAAGAAACUGGAAAAAACUGGGAAAAGCCAUUUAAUAAUUUAACUGUAAAUAUCAUUUCACUCCCUCCCCUAAAGUCCCCUCAAAUAGAGGUUUUAAUAUAACUAAUGUAAUGUCACAUGUCAUGAACCCUGGGUGGCAGGUAAAUGCUAAGGAUCACAGAAACUGUGUUUUGUUUUUAGCGCUGUGUGUAAAUACCUAUUUGUGUAGUUCUAGGGUGCACUAAAGCCAAAACCUGCUGAGAUUUGACUUGUGUUGACAGUCCAGUUACGUCUGAGGUAUAGAGGAAAAUUAGCUUAUGUUCUGUCCAGCUAUGUACAAAAAACAAAAUGGCAGACAGGGGGAAAGGGUUUAGUUUCAUUCGUAUCAAAUGAAGGGACCAAGAGGCUGUUUCAUCAUCAUCAUGGGCCGGCCCUUUAAUUAAGCGUGUCACACCAAGGCUCCACUCUCCGUUCGCCUGUGGCACUACCCAUCAUCAUAGCUUUGUUAUCAGAGCAUGGUUAACAGUGAUGGGAGUGUUUUUCAAAAAAAAACAUUGGUUACACAACCUCCUCAAACUCUCUUUUUAGUGAUGGAGUUCUGUGAUCGGCUAGUAUGUCAGUCACUGUUGCAAGAUAUGUCGUGAUCUUGGUACUUUGGUUGUUUUUCGAAGAUGCUGCACUACAGAGCUGAAUUAUGAGUCUGCCUUUCCUCACUAAGAAAGUGCCUCAUCCUCUCCUAACCCUGGCCCAUGAUGACACACACUCUACAGCCAGUCAUGCUGUAGAAUUGCCUUGUGUUUGAAUUGCCUAGUAAGGACUUUUUGGUGUUUUUUAUCUAUUGUAGUUGUAAGAAAGGUACAUAACUACUGCCAGCAGUUAGUCUAUAUAGGGAUUUAAGAGAUUUGUCUUCCUGUGUCUGUGGGAGUUCCUCACCCAGUGCAAAGGGUCCAUUACCUGCAGUUUGUACAGGAAGUCUCUCUUUUGGCCCCCAAAGUAAUUCCCAUAGCUGCUAUUAGUACUUGUUCUAGUCAUCAGUUAAAACUAUUCAAUGUGAAUGUGCUUGUAACUAAAAGAUUGAAGGACCACCACAAGACAUGUAUUACCUGUUGGCCUAGGUAUUUCAAACGGAAGCAUUAACAGUGUUGUCCGGGUUUGGCCGGGGGUAGGCCGUCAUUGUAAAUAAGAAUUUGUUCUUAACUGACUUGCCUAGUUAAAUAAAAUUUGAAAUAAAUAAAAAUUAACUGAGCAACAAGUAGUCAAAAGAAACAUAAAUGUAUUUCAUCCAUCAACUUCUAAAUUGCUUUGUUAGAAUAAUACUGUUGCAUCUAAUGUCUCAACCUUUGGCAUUAUGACGUCACAGAAUGUUCUGUUCUGUCGUUCCUUCGCUCCAUGUUGGUUAAUUGCCUCAUCCGGUCAGGUGCCACUCUGUUAAACUGGGUAGCAGUUCACUUACUGGCUACUCGGUGCCAUCCUCUUCUCAACUCAACCCUAUGUGUUGUCUUUGUGUUGUUUUUAGUGGAAAUAAACUGAACAAAAAUAUAUAAACGCAACAUCCAGGCUGUAUCACAAUUGGCCCAGUGUUGUCAGGGUUUGGCCGGUGUAGGCCGUCAUUGUACAUAAGAAUUUGUCCUUAACUGACUUGCCUAGUUAAAUAAAGGUUAAAUUGUAAAUCUAGUAAUAAUUAGUGUUGAGCUAAUUUCAUUUUUUUCAUGAGCUAAAAUAAAAGAUCCUAGAAAUGUUC